AUGCUGGACAAAGUAAGAGAAGACAACGGCGCGAAACGGACGAAGAAACCUAGUCAGAAGCUCAAGUUGAUACCUGUAUCCCCCGUGACAAGUGACGAAGAGGUCGAACCACCACCCAAAUCGCCACGAGUGGAACGUUAUUCCGUCUCCCGCUGGAGUACAACAAGUACGGAAGAGUUGGAGCGCGAACUCACGGAGAUGGAGCGUUAUCUUCAAGUGUUCCCAUUUCGGAAAUUGGGCGACUUGUCACGCGAAGUGCAGGGUGACAUUAUAUGCGCCUUCUGUGAAGCCGAAGGCCAGCACUAUUCGGACUCGUGUGCACAAGUGAUCAGUGGAGAUCAAAGGCUCGAGAUCAUCAGUAUAAAAGGCUGGUACAACUACUGUCUGGAGGACUGUCCGGUGAACCGACAAUGCAAGUUCGCAAAAAGGCAUUGCUGGUACUGCAGGCAGCUAGAAGGAACGGUCUUCGUAGAGCUCAUCCCGCGAGAUGGCGUACAUCACCGCGCCUUGUGCAACGUGCCCAACGCCAAGUCCGAAGCAAGAUCGUGGAUCCUUGAAGCACGGGAAGAGCUCAAGAUGAGGAGGUCUGGGCGGAAAUAA